UUUGUUUCACCUGCUUGAAUCAUUACUGUCGAUACUCUACUACUACUGUAUAUUUUAUAGCCCUUUGCACACAAUGAGUUUUGCGCAAAAGUCUCUGCGAAGCAGCCGACGAACCCGCAGAUCUUUCGGCUCCUUGGAUAUUGGCCACUACAUUUACUGUGUCAAUUUUUACGACAAUGGACUGAGGGCUGUGCGCGAUGAGUUUGUGAAGCGCGUGGCCAGCGGUACUCGUCGGGAAGUAUUCGUAAUCGAUUUGGAUAAGGAAGUCGAAGAAGCAAACAAUCAAAACCAGCGAAUCUCCAGGUUAAGGUCACUGGGAUCGGUGAAAUCUGCCGUGGAUAGACUGAGCGUUGCCCUGAUGCGUAUUCGCGACUGUGUCGCCGAGUACGACAAGGUAACUAAGGACAUUGAGGCGGAGGCGAAUUUCGACCUACACAGCUACUGGCAACGGAAUAUUCCAGCACAGCUGAAGAACCUUACGCCAGUGGCGACCAAGAAAAAGGAUGUCACUGAGUCAAGCCGGGGUUUGGCAACAGCAAAACCAAAAGCUGGUAAAAGCACCAGUGACAAGGUGCACUUGGCUAAGAUCAACUGUAGGUCGAUCACGGCAAAGGAGCAUCACAAAGUCGGCAAGGGUUUGCCGGCGUCCAGGCGGGUGUACAUCAGGGAUCAUCCUGUAUUCACCAAGCUCCUGAUCCUGAUCGUAGGGAGUAUGGACAACGACUUCUACAAGAUGCUGCUAGCCAGCGAACAACCAUUGCGAGCGAUCGUCCACUUUCUGCCCGAGGAGAGCGCCUACGAUCUUCUUGUGCCGCGACCCCGUCGCGUGGUGCAGCUCAAGGAGACGCUGGCGGCCAUCCAGAGAGACAUCCACUCACUGCGUAAGCGGACUGCCGUGAAGCCGGUGGGCAUCUUCCAACAACAACUGCCACAAAUGUCCGCCUGCAUGGCAUCCAAGUUCACUGAUGAUGUGUUCGACCAACUGAGCUGGUACAUGUACGACUUGGAGACCCUCCGGGAAUGGUAUCGCAUGUACUAUGUAGAGCCCUAUAAUGAGAUCGACGUGAAGAUGAACCCCCUUUUGUCUAUGCGGGAAACAUUUCACAUGGUCGAGUCGCUCAGCAUCCAGGGACACUAUCUCAAGAGCCAGAUGCCGAAUGCCCGUGCCGACGAUGUAACCAUUUACCUGUAUUUGGAAUCAAUGAUGAGCACGUUCGGCAACCCUCGGGAUCUAAUGACCGAAGAGGAGGUGUUGAUGCUGGCCAACCCAACGCCGUCGGUUCAAACCCGAGUGCUGGACAAAGUGAAGGUAUAUGCAAAUGCCUUUAAAAGCUUGGUCAAGCUGGCAAAGAACGAACGCAUAUUCGUCGAGCAGGCCAACAGCCUGUUGGCCAAUUUGAUCUCUUACAUGGACCAGUCCGUGAUGCAGAGCGUCUACUCCAGCUGCUUGGAGUACAACCUGUUGCGACGCUAUUUCUCCACAGGCUACAUAAGCCAUUCACUGCACGUUGAACCGUACCACGGUGAACUAGAGCUUAUAUGGCUGCCGAAGUAUGCCGAGCUGUAUCUCACAGAUGACUCGGUGACGCAGCGCAUCCUUCAGCUUGUGAACGAAUACGAUGACUUCAGCGUGGAGGAAAUGCAUCCCAACGUCCGGCUCUACACCUUCCGGAGGACCUUCAACGAGGUCUUCGAGAAUGAGAAGCAGAUAGUGAUUCCAACGCGUCUCUGCUUUCGGGACUUUACACUGUACGAAAUGGAGCAGUUCCUUAACGACCUUGUCACCCCGAAAAUGUUUAACGAUAUGAACGGAAGCCAUAUAUCCGCAGACCAGAGCUUUUAUAAUGAUAACAAUAACAUAAGCGAUACAAUUAUGGUCGCGUGCAGUGAGGACAACGUUCGUGUUCCAAUAAACUCCAACAUCUUCGUCCGACCCCGAUCGAUCAAAGGUCAGCUGUCGAAGGACAGGAAGGUGGAACAGGAUGAUAACCGAUCCAUAAGCCAAAAACCUUCGAUGCUUCAAGACGUACAGUCAAUCAAAACUAACCGUCACUCUAGUGUGGCAACGAAGGACUUGCAAAGCGCGGAAUCUAAGACAUUUCAAGUGGGUUUAGGUCAAGACCACCCCAUGCUAAAGGGUUACAAUCUGGACGACACCUUGCAGACGAUAAAGUGCAAGACCUCCAAGUACUUCUUCGAGGAAGGCCGAAUCAUUCUGUACGAGGAGAUGUGGAACUUCCGUCAGAUGAACAAAACCCUCUUGCUAGAGAUCGGUGGUCAGAAGGUGCACUUCCGGAGUGCUGCUAGCCCGAUCGACGCUCUGGCGGCCGAUGGCUGUGUUCGGAUCGAGUCCAAGAACGGCAUCAGUGUUCGGGCGUUGGCCAGCGAUAGUGAGUGUUCUAAAGCGGUUCUGAGCUUUCCGAACGGACUGAGUACCUUCUGCCAGGACACCCAUGUGGAACACAUGUGGCAAUACCAGGACAAUGAACUGAAAGAGAGCCGGCGUGUUUGCACACCCUUCGGUUGUGUAAUCGUAUUCUAUCAAAGCACCGACACCGUACUGAUCAUGCGUUACAACGGCGAGGUAUACCACCUGUAUAGCUCAACGGAGGCUGACAACGAGGAGGAGGAGGAUCAGAACUCGGAAUUUCUCAACGCUUGCUCCACGCAAUCCACCUACAGCAGUUACCAUCCCAUUGCCACAGACGGGAAGAAAAAGGGCAGGUGCCGUCAAUUUCGGUCAAAGACAAGCUCCGCCUUCCGAGAGUCGGGUGGGGCAGACAAUGUGCUUCGACCUUCGGUUCAGAGUACGGACUCCAAGAAGACCCAGCAAAGUCGUGUCUCCAAGGAAUCUAUUGCGGGGGACAGGAAAAGCCGCACUGCCAAGAGCAAGCAAGCCGCCGCCCUAUUCGCCAGUGUCCAAUUCGAGAUGAACUUCCUGAAGUUCAUUAUGGAGCUGUACAAACUUAGCUACCGCCACCUAAAGCUGAUCACCUCCGUGGGCAGCGUGGUUCACAUGCAGCAGGACGGAAGUAUCUGGUGUGGCAAGCCCUUCCGGAACAGCGAGUGGCACGACUACUUCGCCAACGAGGCGUAUUCGAUGCGCGACGAUGGUGUCAAGAUGGUCUGGUCGCUGGAGGAGCUGCGGUGCUACCACAGUGACGGUACUGUCAUCACUUCGGGCACCAUUGACGGCUGGGACCCUGGCACUGAAGUGGAUGAAAUCGAUUUAGAGAUUAGUUCGAGCAGUUCGCAUCUAAACAGAGAUACUCCAGAAAAAAGGCAAAAAGAAAAGGAAACCAUUUACAUAAAUAACCCGACCGGCCUGUCGUAUGGUGUGAGCCAGCCUGUCGAAAUUGAUUUAGUGUCUAAAUCCUCAAGCAUAACGACGACGCCUAAAUUGGCUUCUAUGACCGAUUAUUUGGUGGAAGAGGAGGAGGGAGAGAUCAUCCACGACAUGAGCUAUAUCACAUACAUGCUAAACAGUGUUUUUAUACACCACCGGGUCUAUGCAGGAAUCAAAUUCUCGAACGUGGAUCUGAGCUUCGAUACCACAAUCUUCACCAGCGACAACCUGAGGGUUCGCGUUUUCAAGGAUCCUUCGGAAGGAGAGUUUCAGCAAUAUGGGCAGGACUCGGACUUUCUAUCAUCCGAAGCCGAUUCAGAUGAAUGGACGAAACCGGGCAUACGAAAGACCGCGAGGAUACCAGGACAGUCCGAAGAGUUAUCCGAAGAGGUAUCGGAAUCGGUUGUGAUUGAUCCUACGGCUGUGGAGAUUGAGGGCGACAACUUGAUGCUGAGGAUACAUAAAAAUAACGUUACCAUACAAACUCAGAUUCAAAAACCUGGAUGCAACGAGAAUGCAAAAUGCGGACUUACACGUAUUCAAGAUGAUAUUAAAUUGAAAGUUAACUUUGACCAGAGCCUAUCACUCACAUUUCGCAAUUGGGUAGAUACGGUAACAAGUUUUAUCAACUGUUUUUGUCCCAAAUGGAGAACGAAGUACUUUGUAGAAACUCAAAACUCGAGAUGCCAAAAGAAAGGCUUUGACUUGUUUACUUCGGUUCCGCCCCUGGGUCAAUAUAACUUUUGUGCGGGCAACUACUUUAUCGAUGUGAGUGCACUGACUUCGGUAAAUAGCCUGUUGAAGAAUCACUACGACUGGGUCGACAAAGAUAUGGAAAAGUUUCCGCGCUUUCCGCUCCAUAAGAAGGAGCCACCGGUUACUGAGUUCCCCUUGAUUCUUAACUCCAGGAUCUUUGUGGAGAUACCAGCGCAACUUGGCAACACCGAUCGGCUUCACCAGUUCGUUUCGGAGUUUGAUACGAUACAGUUCAAGAAGCAGCGAUAUCGGUUUAACAAUGCUGCUCUUUUUCACCUCCAUCCCCGGCUGCGCUCGAUUAUGCAAUCGGAAAUAAGCAAGCGCAGCUGGAAGAGUCGUCACGCAGAACACCGACGACGGUUGUUUAUGGAGCAGCAGCGUCUCAGUCUUUACAUGGCCAUGCUGAAGCACAAGGUGUACCCAAAUUACUUCCAGUUCAAGGAUAAAUUCUACUCCCACGUCCGAAAUAUCGACUUCUUUGAGUUUAUGACCUCCAAGUGCAACGAGAAUGUCCACCCCCAUGAGAUUGAGUUGGAUCGGGUUGAACCAACCGAGAAUCCACCAAAGAAGCCCAAGCAUAAAAGUAAUAAGAAGUGUGUCUGCCCCAAGUAUAUUUCCUCAUUAGACUAGCUCAAGUAAUUAGAAUACGCCGAAAUAAAGGUUUAAUAAAAAUUUAAAUGGUUCAAAA